GCAACACAUACACUGUGUUCCCAAUGAUUAUGCAUAUGCUGUUUUUGUUCUUUUUCCCCUAAAUAGUCGAUAUAAUUGGCAGUCAAUAGGAUUUUUUAUUCCUCUGCAAUUAUAUCACAAUCUGGAUUUUAUUAAACACAAUUACCAAUGAUGACAAUGGCAUUUUUUUGCAAAAUAACUCAAAUUGCAGUGUUCCAAAUUAUUAUGCAAAACAGAGUUUCAAAACACUCAAUAGUUUCUAAAGGAUUGAAAACAGAAAUCUGUUGUAUUUUUUGCAUUGGGGGUAGUUUUUCUCAAAUCAAAGCUAUUCCAAUCAAAAACAUCUUUACAGAUCGGGUUACAUAUCAACAUAGGAGCCCUUCUUUGAUAUCACAUUAACAACUCUCUCAUUCAUUGAACCUGUAAGUCCAUGUACAGUUUUUGCCUGUAUUUCCUUUGAGGAUGCCAGAAUUGCCUCCCAGAGCUGCUGUUUUGAGGUAAACAGCAACCCACCCUCAUAUAGCUUCCUGUUAAGGAUGCUCCACAGGUUCUCAGUAGAUUUCAUACCUAUUUAAAGAUACUGCACUAUUUCACGCUUUUCAUCUACAGAAAGAUAUCUCUCCCUCCCACCCCCCAUAUUGCAUGAAACCUGUGACUUGCUUCAUAAUGUGGAACAACAUCCUUAAGUAGUUUCCCAUUAAUUAGGCUCACCUGGCAAACUAAUUAAGACAAACCUGUCUGAGACUGAUGUCAGUGAUAUAAACAGACAUGGGAAGCAGCACAAUUGAAAACUUUCAUUGAAAAACGAAAAAAUCUAAUGUUUCUUUAAUUGAAAUCAUAUUUGCAUAAUAAUUUGGAACACAGUGUGUAUGGGUUGGAGGCACCAGAUAGCCAUUGACAGCAAAGAUAGUUUGUGUUCACCUGAAAAGCAUAGAAAACAUUAACUGCAAGAAGUGGUUUUAGACAACUUGACAUAAGGGUAAACCGGAUUAAAUUAUAUUUCUUUCAGUGACGUGUUUUAAGGUUUCUUUUAUUUUGAAAACGAAGCCGUGUCAAACAGGAAAUGUUCUAUUAAAUGUGGGUUGCUUGGAGACUGGCCGCAGAGCCACAGAGCAGUCAUUAGUUGUGAUACCGCAGCAGAAAGGUGAUAAGGUUUACACUGAGCGAGAUAUGGAGGUAUUCAUACAAUGAGGUGACGCUUACAAAAGGUUGUGAAAUUGUGCAAGUCAUGCCUUUUUUGGAAUUCAUAGCUGGGAGCAUUUCAGGUGCAGUGGGAUUGGCAGUUGGACACCCAUUAGACACUGUGAAGGUGCGCCUGCAGGCCCAGUCUGUGUAUAAAGGGAUUUUUCACUGUGUGGUGAAAACAUACUCUCAUGAAGGGCUCCAUGGAUUCUAUAAGGGCAUGGCAUUUCCAGUGAUGACCACGGGCAUCGUCAACUCUUUUGUCUUUGGCUCUUACAGUAAUGCCUUAGAUUACCUCACUCAGUCUCAGCGCAGUGACCGCAGUCAAGGCAAACCGGCCUCUGCUGCUCAGGUCUUCGCUGCCGGCUGCUUCUCAGGCCUGGUGCAGGUGUUUAUUUGUGCACCCAUCGACCUGGUGAAGGUGCGACUGCAGGGUCAAGCAACUGCCAAGCGAUACCGAGGACCGAUUCAUUGUGUUGCUGUAAUCCUGAAGGAGGAGGGGCCCAGGGGUCUGUUCAGAGGAGGGCUGGCCCUCGCCCUGAGGGACGUACCCUGCUAUGGACUCUACUUCUUGCCUUACGAGGUCACUCGAAAGGCUUUGACCGAGACUGGCAAAGAGCCAGGUACGUUUGCAAUAUUGAUGGCCGGUGGAUUAGCGGGCGUGGUGACCUGGGCCUUCGCCACGCCCAUGGACGUGGUGAAAGCUCGUCUGCAGAUGUCGGGGGCCGGCGGCCGGGAGUACAGCGGGGUACUCCACUGCAUGAGAGUGAGCGUCAGAGAGGAGGGAGUGAGGGUCUUUUUCAAAGGCCUCCUACUGAACAGCCUGAGGGCCUUCCCUGUCAACGCCGUCACCUUCCUCAGCUACGAGAGUCUGAUGAGGGCUUUCUAUCCACCAGUGAGAUGACCUCCUCUCUCUCGACAGUGCGCAUUGCACUCCUUGCCUCGCACAUUUACAGUUCUUCCUGUGGUGCAGAGAUUUUACUAUACACACACACACAACUUGACUGUAGGUCAGAUAUUCUCAGGGUUGUUUAACAUUAUCAGUUGAAACAGACUGUUUGUUUUAACACGAUGAGCCUGAGUUUUAAACCUUUUAAAGUCUAUGUGGAAUAGGUCAACUCUCAUCCAGCCAGUGUCAGAAACCUUAACACACUUCAACUGAUGAUACAUUUUUGAUUAAUUAGUCUCCUGUGACUUGAACCACUUUUGAUGGAAGACAUCAGGAUUAAGCUGCUCAUUUUUACUGGAAAUCAAAUCCAGUAAACACAAAAUGUGAAUGUAAACAUUGUAACUUUGUUGCAUGUGGACACAUAUUUUACUAUAGUUUUUUUUAUUUCAAAGCAUUUUAUUCUUGUCAACUGGACACAGAAAGUGAAAAUGAUUUCCUAAUAAAUAUACAAUACAAAGAA